AUGGCUUUCAGGGUAAGUCUAGAAUGCAUUACGCCUUAGAACGCACGUCAUUUUCUCGACGCGACACGAACACGAGGUUUCGGAACGCCCGCGAUACGAACCCGGCGCGACUUUCCGUCAAACCCGGCCGUCCCCUAAUAUCGUACGUGCAUCAUCCCGAUUUCCGCCUCAUAACCUAAAUAUACGCACCGCGAGCAAUAGACUCCCGAUAACUCGGCGCAAUUAAAAUCUAAUCGUUCCCGUGGCAGCAGCACGCGCUUACCCGAACCGGACCUCGACCACACCGAGCCUGUCCCGAACCACACCAAAUCCCGUGUGGCGGAAACACUGUUUUGCGUUAGCCUUGCGCGGGCCCCUAUAAAAUAUUGCGAUAGUCAAUUUCUAAUAAUUGCUUAUGUUUCGUUGUUUUUCAGUUUGCAGUAUUAGCAUCGGUAUUGGCAACGGCCGUUUACGGAUCGCCAGUCUACGCCCCGUCACCGUACGCGCCCGACUUGUACUCAACCGCGCCGUACGUCAAGUACGCCGUGGCGCCCAAGUCGUACGACGCCGACUACGACCCGAACCCGUCGUACUCGUACGCGUACGAUGUGCAAGAUCAUCUGACCGGCGACUCCAAGAGCCAGCACGAGAGCCGUCACGGCGACGUUGUUCACGGAUCGUACAGCCUGGUCGACCCGGACGGUACCAAGAGGACCGUCGACUACACCGCCGAUCCGCACAACGGAUUCAACGCGGUCGUCACCAAGGAACCUCUGGUCAAGGCGUACGCGCCGGCCCCCGCGGCCGUGUACCCGAUCAAGGCGUACGCGCCCGCCCCGGCCGUGUACCCGGCGGCCGUCAAGGCGUACGCGCCCAUUUACCCGGCGAUAAAAGCGUACGCUCCAACGUACCACUCGUACCCGGUAUACCACUGA